UAAGGUAAUUAUCGUAGCGAAACGAUCGUGGUCCGAAUAUCUCUUGUUUUCCGAGACAGUGUGUCGACGUUAGAGAAUCGAUCAAAUUGAAUAUUUUAUCGUGGCAUGGAUAUAGUUUGUCGAGUCGAAAUGAUUGUGGAAUUCAUCUAUCGAAAACAUUGUUAUAAAUAGAAAAGUUUCCACUUUCUUCGAGGUACAGAAUACCUACGCCAAAGGUGUUUCGAAAACCACGAUCGUGAUCUCGCUUGCAACGAAGAAAAAUUUUUUUUACCAGCAAACGAUAGGAAAAGGAUUCCAUUUCCACCUACACCAAACAAUUGUCUACGCGCGAAUCGUGAUCCUGUCGAGCAUCAGCAUCAAAAUCGUCAACCCGCAAAGAGACGACGCAGACGCCAAAUUGAAAUUCUCCACGCUCGUUUUCUCGAGUGAUCUAAUCUACGUUGCAACGACAAUGACACUGUCCAACGCGCGUUGUCGAAACGGAGGAUCGAGAAGAAAGGGGAAAAGAAAAGAGAAAAGAAAGGAAGAAGAAGAAGCGAGAGAGCGCGAAAGAAAAAGAGUAGGAGGAAAAGUAGUUCUCGCACACUGACACACUGCUGCAGGGGUCCGCAAAUAAAUUGUCCCUCCUCCUCCUAUCUCUCUCCCGCCCCUCCCUCUCCCUCUCCCUCUCUCUCUUCCUCGAAAUAAAGAACGAGCGCAAAAGAGUCUGUCUUUAUUCCCUUGUCCCUCUCCGUCUCUCCCCUCUUUCUAUCGUCUCGCUCCAACACUCGCGUCUCGUCUCUCCUCUUGUCUCCUCUCUCUGACCCGUUAAAAUAGACAAGCCUUCUUUCCCGGCCAAAGUCACAGAUAUUACGAUCCUGCCAGCGGACGGCCCACCACACGGCUAUUAACGAGAGAAGGUUCACCUCUUGCGAUUCUCCUCCUCUUUGACCGCCGGUUGACACGGCGACGCGUUUAAACUCGGCCAGACCUGUUUGGAACACGAUCCGCGGACCAGAUUUACGCUCAACCGUGAGACGCGUCUAGACGGCGGAACGAAAAAAAAGGGAAAAAGAUCGCCGGCGAAAAAAUCGGCGAAAUUUUCCGCCCAGAUCUACCCGCGAUUCACGCUCCGUGCGUCAACUCCGCGGUACGUUCGAAAGGAUACGACAAGGAAGUGACAAGUUUCAGUGAGUGAAAGAAUCGUGUCGGGAGAUGUUGGAAUAUUUGUAUCUCGUUGAAAAGUUAUUCCUCUUAUACGAAGAUAAAGAAAUUUCGUAAGAAAAGUAUAUAUUUUCAACGAAUAUAUAUAGAUAGUUCCAUUGUGAUCCGAGGAUUCUAUCAGGAUGUGAACGAAUCCGCGUACAUUUUUUAUCAAAUCGCGUUCGAAGACGAUCCAAGUUUCGUUUCGGUGGAACGAUCGUAAUUAGCGGCGCUGCCAGAAUUAUCGAUCUCGAAGAUCGCGGGUGCAUCUAAAUUUGUUUGAAUCAGUGUUGCGCGAGCGGUGGCCGCCUCGACAGACGCGGCGAGUCAUCGCGGCCAAUUAGCAGUGGUGGAUAAUUCCAAGGAUCGUUGCGUUGUUAUUAUUAUUAUUAUUAUUCUGUGUUAUCCCGUGUGAGAAGAUUCGCCUUUGUUAUCGUGAUCCGUUCGCGCGAGGUGGUAUGGUAUGCAAGUGUUUGAUUGUGCUUUAUGUUGCGGUAAAAUUUAUGGAUCGUUGGUCGCGUUAAUUGGUAAUCGGGGACGAUGGCGGAGGACGGAGGAUUCGACAACGAUGACGACGAGCCGGGAUAGAAACUUGGUUAGAGAUUCAGUUCUUUUUUUUUUUUUUUACGUAAUUGCACGCGCUCUCGUCUGUUUGGAGAAAGUGCGAGGUUACCGUGGAAAGUGGAGAUCCCUAUCUUUCGGGAAGACGUGAAAAUCGAUUGAAGAUGGAUCGACCGGGAGGAACAAUCCUUAUUAUUGAACGAGAGGAUUCGAUGUGUGGAGAUCCGGUGAUUGGUUUUUCUUCCUUUUUUUUUUUUAUAGUGAGUUUUAUCAUCGGUGAUCAUCGUUUGCUAUUUCCGCGUUGCUAUUAUUAAUUGCACGGGAGGAUUUACAGAAAAUUCAUCUUGUUCGGUUCGAGGAAUCGUAAAAAUGAUAGGAGAAGAAUUAGUCUUAGUAACAGAGUGGCAAGAUGGAUCGGGGAAAGUUAUCCUAAUCGGCUGUGAUCACGAAGGAAGGAAAUUAUUCGACCGAGUUCCAUAACUUUUUAACGUAACGUUAAAUCCGUAUUAAAAACGCGUUUCGAAGUCAGACUUGGUUAAUUCGAAAGGUGCAAGCUCGAAUUAAGAAAGAACGAACGGAGGAUUGAGAUUAAAGUUGAGAGGAGGAAGAAAUCUGGAGGAAAUAGCGCGAAGAAAAUUUCUUUUAACUUUUCUUUUUUCUUUUCAACAAAAGUCUCGUAGCUUGCGAAGAUCGAUCGAAGCCUCGUAAACUCGAUGAACUCGAGCUGUGUAGAGCCGCGCUACCAGGAAGCUAUUUCCACGGCUAUACGUCAUGACAAUGCGCGAGAGAUCGAUGGAGGAUUUGGAGAACGGUGUUAUUACGUCGGAGUUUUCCGCGAUCGUUCGCUGUCUCGUGCUCGAUUGAUCCAAGCUUCCAAGUUUGAUGGUGUGUAUAUCGUGUUACGUCAGAGGCAAAGCUUCUCGAUCCUUAGUUGCUCCGCGAUCUUCCACCCAGAUGGUGGCCUCAUCGAGCCGAUAAAUCGAUUCCACGAGUUUCCGAUGUUAGAAGCGUAAGAAAUUUUCUCUUCGUAACAUUUCGUUGCGACGAAGGUUAAGAUGAUGCGAAGUGGAGAGUUUUUGUCGAUACAUUUGUUGAUACAAAUCUUUUGGGAAUCUAGAAAGAUCGUUAAUUGUUCCGCGAUCUUCCACCCAGAUGGUGGCCUCAUCGAGCCGAUAAAUCGAUUCCACGAGUUUCCGAUGUUGGAAGCACAGAGGAUAAGAAGGGAAAUUUCCUCUUCGUAAUAUUUCGUAAUAAUCGACGAAGAUUCACGUGAUGGAGAUUUUUGUUCGAGGUAUUGAUACAUUUGUAUCUUUUGGAAGUCUUUUUUCUAAGAAAACGAGUAUAAAAGUCGAUGGACAAAAUGUUGAGAGUUAUUGAGUUAUAGGUUUGAGGUCUUACGCUAUUUCUGUCUUUUCGCUGUCUCGAUAAUUAAUCGAUGUUUUCGUGCAACUUUUAUGUUUGUUCCGGCCUCUAAAAUUGACUCUCCAAAAAUAUUUCACACGAAUGUACAGAGUGUCUGAAUGAUUACGAAUAUAAAGUGUAAAAGAUAAGUCGAAAGAAGAGUGAGAAAAUUUUAUAAUAAUUUUCCAAAAUCCUUUCUGAUAAAAAAAUACAACUACGUUCUACAAUUUCACGUAUUAUUUUUAAAUUAGCUUCUCUCAAAGCUAUUCUUUUUAUUCUUGAAUAUUAUCGAUACGUAUAAAUUUCUCAAUCCUCCGUUUCUCGCUCACUUUUAUCUAGACACUCUCUAUAUUUUUCAAUAGGAUAAAUCGAUCGAGGUCAUCCUCAUAAUCGAAAGAAGCACAAUUCCUUUCCUCUCGAUCGAUCGAUCGAUUAAUAUUUCGAAGCUCGAGAAGGGCUUCGAAAUAUCAAGCGACCUUUUGCGUUUUCGGUCGAUCGAGAACUACUACUCGCAAGUUCCACUCGGAAGAAAAGUUUCUCGCCGGAGAAUCUCAUCUUGGAGGGCGGAAGAUCCCGUUCGAAAAUCGAGACUCUGUGAUCGUCGAAUUUAGACACUCGUGAUUUGAAAAUAGCUCGUGUAAAUCAACGGUAAUUUGUUCCGUGAUAAAUUAAACGAUCGUUGGUGCGAUUUUAACGUUUCGAGAUCGAAGAAUGAACGAAGUUUGUGAGGUUUAUUUCGCGAUGAUUCAAGGGAAAUUCGUAAGCUUGUCGAAAAAAGUUUAAAUUUUUAAACGAUUAGAAGGAAGAUAUCGUUGUAAUUUUGUUUUCACAUAGAUCGAUCUUGAUCGCGGCACGCUUCGACGUUCUCGAGCAAACAGAACGUAGAUGCUGCGUAAUAAAUGAUCAAGGCCCGAUUAGUUAGCGGAACAGGAGGCGGCCGAUCUGCUUGUUUUGAUGAACGCGUGCAACGACGUUCCGCUCGAAGACGAUAAUUUAUUCUCAAAUAAUUCGAUGAUAUUUCAAUGUGUACGAUGGAACGAUCGAUGGUUCGUUGAUAAUUUUUGAUCAGAAAAGAAAAAUUAAACGGAUAGAAAGACGGUAUAGAAAAUUUUCUGAAAACAGAGAGAUUAAUUUAAUCUUUGCACUCGUGUUAUUACACAUAUUUUUGGACUGUUGUUACAAUGUUUUUGCUUAAAUGUGUGUAUAUACGAAAUGAAAUAAAUAAAUAGAAAAUAAUAAAAGAUUUUUUGUUCCGGCAAACCAGGAUUAUAUAUUGUUUUUAACAAUGCAAAAUUAUGAAAUGUAAUUUUUUCAACAUUAUUUACUUUUUUGGUCUUUAACAGUUGUCUUUUUGCCAUAUUUUAUCAUACAAGUUUGCGUUUUCGAGAGGAACAUUGGAGCGUUUAUUCCUGUGUUCCUUCCAAGUAAUUUUGAAAAAUCAAAAUACAUAUACAAAUAUCAUAUAGAUUUUUAUAUACUGAUCUAAGGGUUGAGAUGUAUCUUUCAAAUUUAUGUCCUACUAAAACGGCAACUUGGCUUAACAAGAAUAUGAAAAAUAAUUCCGAAUCGACUUCUUAAUAAAUAAAAUAAAAUAAAAAAACACGAGUGCAAAGAAUUCGAAAAUCGCUCGAAUGAAUUGGAUCACGGAUGCGCGACAUUGACACGGCUUUAUCGCGAUUUAUCAAAAGGAUCCGACGUCGAAAAUAGCAAGGGUCGCGUCAAAGUGGUAGUGGACGUUCCAUUCCUCCAAGCAUCCAUGUUUCGGAGGACAGAAUCGCGAUAAAUCUUCUCUCGCAACUCUGUCAAAUAAUAACAACAAAUUAACCGGCCGCUGAAAACACCACGUCCCCGCCGGCAAUUCCCGGCGACGCCAAUUAUUCAACGCGCUCUUCGGCGUAAUCAUGCAAAUCUGCGGGAAUUUCGCGGCCGGGCCGAGAUUUCCUGAUUAAUAAUAAUUACCACUGAUGAACUUGCGACCCAGUUAAAGCGUCGCUUCCUGUCGCGCCCCAACCACCAGCGUUCCUACCAACGCGUUUAUUUUCGGAGUUCGAUGCCCCACACCCGCCAUUUCCGACCAUUUUCCAUCCCGUGUUCGACGGGACGAGACGCGGAUUCCUCGAUGGAAUUGCGAUGAAUCAUCGUCCGAAAAUAAGAUUGAAUCGGUCGAGUGUACGAUUUGAUCAUCGUCCUCUUUGUUCCUCUCUCUCUCUCUGUCUGUUUUUCUUUUUCUUUUUCUUCCUCGAAGAAAAGGUUUUUCUCUUUUUUCGAACGAAAUGUCGCACGAUCGAGACGAUUACUCGUUUGGAGGCGUGAUAUAUCGAAAAAUAAAACGUCGUCGAAAGCGCUGCGAGCGACAGAAUAUUUACAGAGAUUAAACGGUAGAACAGGUACGUACCUGUUUCCAAUCUAAAGUAGUUUAAUGGAAUGGAAAUUGUUCGAUUAUUCUAUGACUACGCUCGUUUCGUGUAUAAAUAUACGAUACGAUGUACUUGCAAUUUUUCUUGAUAAAUUUUUGGAGCAUUCUUCGAUAUGUACCUCUUUUUCUUCUUUUUCCUCCCUCUUCACCGUUCGUUUCACAUUUAUUUCGGGGUCCAAACGAGGCAGUGGCACGUUUCAUUUCUUCGACAAAGUCCUAGGUAUAUAUAAAUAUUGCCAGAAAACUCGAUAAUUUAACUGGGGGCAAGCAAGCCAGAAAAACGUGGUCCUUGUGCUCAACCCAGCGUGGAACGAGUUACACGAUUGACCUCCCGGUCGGUCUCGUAUCGAAUCAUACACGCGGUUCGAAGAGCGGUAAAAGCGACGUGGAUUCGCGAUCGGUCGAACAGGUCGGGCCUCUCGCUCCAGUAAAUCGUUUGUCGUCGAAAAUCGACGCGAAAAAUCUUUAAGAAUUCCCUCUAUUAUCCUUCACUUGGACCUCGACUUGAACAAGAUCGAAAAGAUUUAUAUAUCGUGUUUUCGAAAUAAAUGUGGAACAACCACGCCAUAAUUCGCUCGUCGAUAGAUUUUAAGUUUAAAGUGAUCGAAAUAAAGAGGAUUUUCCUUGGCACGAGAUUAUAUAUCGAAAAUGACGUUUAUCUUAUUUAUUGGUCAAAUUAUUUAUUGCGUAAAUGAAGAAACUUUGAAUCAACUUGCACUUAUUUUUCUUUCGUGAUCUUUUAAAAUUUUUUAGAAAAUCUAGCAAGAUCGAAAAACUCUUUCUCUCGCUUUUACGAUGUAACGUCGCAUCUCAGCUAAGAGAAUCCAAUACGUGUCCGUCGUCGAAUUACAGUGAUUGCAUUUUCAAAAAUUCCAAAUUCUAUGUUGUUACGUGAAAGAUUGUAUCUCUAUGCUCUUUGUAGAAGAACGACAGUAAUUUUUCGAAAAUACGCGUAUACAAUUUCGAGAUCAUUGGUCGAUAAAUCGGCGGAGUAAAUUUUUAACACCUUGGCUUUUGAUACCUGAUAUCACGAUUUUUUGAUACGGCAUCGAUCACGCUAUGCUCGCCAGGAGAAGACCACGGAAGCGCGUGGAUCAAGAAAUCGUAACGGAACAUCCGUCGCGUUAAAAUAGACAUCCUGGAACUCGAAUCUAGUAUACUCUGCCUCGGUGUAGUACUCGAGGCUGCUAAAUGUAUCAUCGCACGUAUAUUUAGGCGAUGACUGUCAUCGGCUCGGUUCAAUCUAAAUACCUGGCCUUCUCUGGCUCUUUGAAAUUUCGCCAUCGAUAUCGUCUUAUUUCACCGUACAUCGCGGACAAUUUGCCGUGGAAGGUGUCCAUUUAUCGAUCGAAUAAUUUAAAUGAAAUUGAAAAUAUUUUCGAAACAGGAUGAAUAUCUCGGAUAAAAUUAAUUCUUAAAUUAUAUUUCUAUCAAAUUGAUUUUCUAUUGAAUUAUAAUAGAAGAUUAAAAUGUCGCGAUUUAAUUACGAAAACGUAAUUUCGUUUCAAUAAUUAUCGAAAACGAAAGAAAAAGGGGGUUAUUUCGAUCAUUAGUCUGCACAAUAAUCGUUCGUUACUUCGAUAGAUAGACACGGUAUGUUGAGAUUCUACCACGUAUCUUUAAUUACGCGCUGUAGAAUUAAAGUUCAGCAAACAGUGUAUUGUCGCCACGGUGUUAUCUGUUUACAGCGUGAACCCGCUAGUCACUCGCUAAAUAUACUGUUCGUGAGAUCAUGUGCAAUAUUAUAUAUGUAUGUAAACAUUCGUGUGUUUCUCAGUUCGCUCGAUGUUGCUCGUUCGAUAGCGAUCAUCGAUAAUUGCGUAGCGUCUUCUCAUCAUCCGUGUAACUCGUCUAUUGAUGAACUCGUUUGCAUCGAUCGAGAAAAGUUUUGUAAUCAGCUCGAUAUGCGCGUAUCGUACAACGCGUCGAGGAUACGUUCGAUGCAAAAUUCUUUCAAACACUUGCGUCGACUUAUCUAGAGAGAUAGAUAAGAAGUGGAUCUCGGUUAACCUGGUGCCUUUGAAAUUCGAACAUUACAGAACGUGUUAGAACAAAGGUGUUAUUGCAGUAUUAAUUCAUCCUCUCCGCGAUGCGUCACUGUAAAUCCUCCCUCUUGUCGAUUCGAGACGUGAAACGGUAUCGUAACGUGUGCGCGAUCGAAGGAAACGCUUCGAUGUUUACCGAUUAAUCGUGUGAGAAUUUUGUCGAACCGAGUGUGCGACCUGUGCAAUGCCCCAGUGCAACGUGACGAGGAUGAGCGUACUCGAGAAGCCGUGCGGAACAUCGACGAGCAUCCGUCUCGAGGAUCUAACGUGAUUGUUGGACGGCGGCGAGACGACUCUCGAGAUGCCUCAAUACGACGACACCUUCCUCGACUCGCCGAUCUUCCGGCGGCGCACGCGUAGUUACGCCGUGCAGAAGGAGUUCGCGCCCAAGUCGAGCAGCUUCGUCACGGCCACACCUUUGCUGCUGGCCGUGACCAAUCACGCCAGGACCCUUUCCGGUUCCUUAUCGACCUGCAGCCUCAAAGAAGUCGAGGAGCGGUCCGGCGGGAAGGCGCGCGGCGGUAAACUUGCGCGUCGUGCGCGCUCGUUCAAGGAGGACUUCCUGGAGAAGCUCUCCCACAUGCGUUCUCCCGGUAGCGGCAGCGGGGGCGGAGGAAGCGGGGCGGCCACGAGGGCCGCCUCUCCCUCCUCGCCGCGGACGCCGCGGGACAAAAGCGCCCCCGGGUGCACGGACGCCACCCUCGACAAGAACCCCCUCCGUGACCUGCACAUCCACGUGCGACAGGUGCAGCUGGCACUGCUCCACUUCAAGGACGUCGUGUUGAAGAAGAAGCUCGAGAUGCUGCCCGGAAACGGCACCAUCAUCCUCGACCACAUCACCACGAUACACACGGUGUUGAAAUCCUAUUUGCUCUACGAGAACAGCUCCACUCUGGGAUCAGCGACGAAUCAGGUGUACCAAGCUCUAGCACAAUUGUUGAAACUCUGCGACGACGUGUUGCUGCACGGCGACCAGUCCUCCGCGUUGGACACCGAGAACGUGACGCACAUUAUAGGAUUAGUCGAGGAUGCGGUGAAAAACUUGGUCGAUCUGGCGAACGAGAAGAUCGCCAACAGACAGAAACCUGCCGCCGUCGCAACGAGCAAUAGAACGUCGGGUUAUGGAUCGGAAUUGACGCCACAAAGAAAUUCUUUACCCGAUAUCCCGCUAACCCCGAGGGAAAGGCAGAUUUUAGAGCAGACCGCUGCGACUACUAGUCUGGUCCGUAGUUCGCAUAGUUCAGAGUCGAUUUUAAGGGAUUCUAGUCCACCCCCAAAACCACCACUCCCCGAAAGAACUAAUGUGUGUCUGUCGGAGGAAAAUAGUUCUUCCGGUACGCCCCCGCCAUUGCCACCGAAACGGAGAACGAGGGCUCAACAGUUGCUCGACGAAUCCGAAGGUCUUUUAGCAUCUAGUCUUGAUGGUGUUUCCCUACGAAGUAGAUCUCCAGAGGAUUCGUCGUCUCUUCUAAGCGCGUCGGCUGGCAGUUUGGAUUCGGCCCUGAAUCAUUCUCGCGACGAGGAUGAGAUACGGGCGAUCAUGGGACCAAACGACGACUCUUUGAACGAUAGUAUGGAUCUCAGCCUGAUGGCUACUAUUCAGGGCAUGCAAGUUAAUGGUAGUUCAAACUGUAGUUGCUGGGACGGUUCCGAAACAAAUAUACCAAGUACCAUGUUAUUAGGUCAACAAACUCCACAAGAAGUGCUUCAUCAAUUUACUGGUAUAGAAGGAAAUCGAUUAUCGACCCAAACGCAAGAAUCUGGUUUCGUAUCAAUGCAUUCACAACGAAGUUCAUCCCAAAGUUAUACUACUACUUCCAGUAUAACGUCCAAAAGAUCUUCCCAGCAGAGCAGCAUUAGUUAUAAUUCACAAACGUUCAAUUCUCAACAAUCGUUUUCACAAACAAAACUAUCUUCGGAUAGUAACGGGUCUAUUUUCACUCAGAAGACAAUGACUAGUUCGAAGAGUACUGUUAGCACAAAUAUAUCUGGAAGUGGAGAUUCCGCGAUAUUAGAAAAAUUGGAAAUGGAAUCGAUAUCUACAUCGGACGCUAAUGGUGUACCGCCGGCAUUACCAGAAAAACGAUCGAAACGGAGAAAAGAACGUCAGCCAUCACAGUACGACAAUGUACCUGAAAACGAGCAUUUAUCAACCUGUAGUUUACAUACUAAUAACGGCGAUAAUCCAGAUGCCAGUAAACCUCCACCACUUCCUCUUAAAAAAAGGCAUAUGUUCCAAUCAGUGGCAUAUUCUGUCAUGGCAUACAUGGAGAUGUUUGGGAAUUGUUCUCAUAGUAACAAUGACUUCAUCUCUGGUCUUGGGACCCGCCAUUCAGUGGCAGCUUAUAAUUCAAUGCUAGGUGAAUGGCAAAAUGAUAUGGCCCUUACUACGACACAAUCGUGUUCUUUCAUGGCACACACUAUGACCACAUUGCACGAUAGUUCAAAUACCUCCAUAACUAUGACACCAUCAGUAACAGAACUAACAAAUAAUUCUAGUCUCCCACCAGCAUUACCACCAAAGAGAUCCCGAUCCAUUAAAUCAAAUGCAACACCUCCACCAAUUUCGCCAAAACCUACCAUUAGCAUGCAAAGUAUACAUACAAUCGAGCCAAUCGUAACGUCGACUCCAGUAAAGAUAGAAGAAUCUGGUUGCAUUCAUGAUAAGAAAGAGCUGACACCUUCGACUCCAGUAAAAUUGAAUAACGUUGCCUUAGAUACAAUAUUACCAUCAUCAAGACCAGCUAGUAAUGCUUUAUCAUCGAUAUCUGUUGAUGAUAAUACUUUGGAAUUAAGAGAUAUCGAUCAAGACGAUAGCAUAUUAGAUGAAUUGGAUAUCAGUAAAUAUUUAGUUUUUAAAAAACCAGAUGAAGAAGGACCAGAUAUAAGAGGUGGUCAUCCUGAUGCAUUACUAAUUCAUGCAACUAAAGCUAAUAAACACGAUGAGAAGGAAUCAGACUUUUUGUAUCAAGAAGCAUUUUUAACAACGUAUAGAACAUUCAUGCAACCAUUGGAAUUAAUUCAAAAACUGCAUAAACGUCAUCAGCGAUUCUCCUGUUCUGCUGACGUUGUCAAACAAAGAGCAGCUCGUGAAGCAUUUUCUUUAUUAGUUAGAGCUGUUAGCGAUUUAACUAUGUCUGAUUUGGACGAUACCCUCUUGCAAACUCUAAUGGAAUUCGUACAACAAUUAGUAUGUAGCGGUGAUCUUACCAUGGCGAAAGCUUUGCGUGUUAAAAUUUUAGAAAAACACGCUGUGAAACAAUUACAAUCUGCACAACCAAUUCUUUCUUCGUUAAGUGUGACAACAAAGCAAGCUUCCCUUCUCGAUUUUAAAAGUGAACAAAUUGCGGAACAAAUGACAUUAUUAGAUGCUGAUUUAUUUAUGAAAAUCGAGAUACCGGAAGUACUAAUUUGGGCACAAGAACAAAACGAAGAACGAAGUCCGAACUUAACUAGAUUUACAGAACACUUUAAUAAAAUGUCGUAUUGGGCCAGAUCGAGGAUACUAGAACACAGAUUAGAAAACGAAGCAAAAGAUAGGGAAAAAUAUGUCGUUAAAUUCAUUAAGAUAAUGAAACAUCUUAGAAAAAUAAACAAUUUUAAUAGUUAUUUAGCCUUGCUUUCUGCAUUGGAUAGUGCACCUAUUAGAAGACUCGAAUGGCAAAAACAUAUUACAGAAGGCUUAAAGGAAUAUUGUGCUCUUAUUGAUAGUUCUAGUAGUUUUAGAGCUUACAGACAAGCUCUGGCAGAAACGCAACCGCCAUGUAUUCCUUACAUUGGACUUGUAUUACAAGAUCUUACAUUCGUGCAUAUUGGAAAUAGUGAUCUCUUACCUGAUGGCAGUAUAAAUUUUUCGAAAAGAUGGCAACAAUUUAAUAUUGUUGAAAAUAUGAAAAGGUUCAAAAAAGGGACAUAUUCAUUCAAGAAGCACGAACGUAUAAUAACGUUCUUCAACAAUUUCAGUGAUUUCCUCUGUGAGGAGGCAAUGUGGCAGAUUUCAGAAAGUAUCAAACCACGUGGUGGGAAAAAAGCACAGUCGCAGAACUAGAAUAUAUCUAACCCUUUCACUGCCUGUGUCUCGAAAUCGAAAGGCUGAAUCAGUGAAUUAGAAAUUUAUAUUUAUGGUAUUUAGAUAAAUUUUUAAUUAUGAACUGAAGAAAAAUGAUACAACACUCUAGGGUGGUGAAAGGGUUAGCUAUGUCUAUACCGUUUCAACAGCCUCUGUGAGGUUGUAUUUUAAUUUAUGAAAAUUUAAGUAUUCAAUCUAUAUUAAACAAAAGGAAAAAGAAAAAAAGAUUACAAACAAACAUUUAGAUCAAAUUGAAAUUUGAUAUAUUUGUUUUGUUUAAAAAUAUAAAUUGCGUGUAUGGAUAUCGAUUGAAUCGAAACGCGUCGAGACUUUAAUGAAUUGGCUAAGAUCAAUCAUGUCUCAAUGUAUUUUUGUAGUUUUUUUCCUUUUUGCCAUAAGAUAAAUAAGGGAAAAAUUUGCUAUGGAUCUAUGCAACGUAUACUUAAACGAUGCAGCUAUAACGAUGCUUAACAUAGCAUGAAGGGAAAGAAACCCCGCACAUAUAUUAACUAUAUUCUAUAUAUAUAUAUACAUAUAUAUAUAUAUAUAUACACAUAUAUAUACAUAUAUAUAUAUAUGAAAACUAUUUAUUUAUUUGCCUUAUAUCAGCGACAUGUAAAAAAUAGUAGAUGUCAUUCAUUUCUUUUUUUCUUUUUUUUAAUUUAUUUAAGUAUAUAUGUGAACGUCCAUCAUAUAGCUUUAUCGUAGGUAGAAAAACUUUUCAAACGUCAACAGGGAAAAAUCUGUUGACUUCGCAAGGAAAAACACCAAUUACGUUGAUUAAUGUAGAGCCAUUGUAGUAUCAGAUUAGCGCAAAAAUAAUGCGCUUUUCCGAACACAUGGCACGACUGAGCGUAACUGUUACAUAUACUAUUGUAUAUGAUUCUAGGAAACACUUUUUGUUGGAAACUUGUUAAUAGGUAUCCAAGCUUUCAGCUUUAAAUCGAAUGGUUACCUAGAAAUAUGUAGGUAAAUUAAGUGUGAAAAAACUCACGAUCAUAACAAAAGAAUUGAGUUGAUAUUUUAUUAACAUCAUCCAAUGGUUUUGUUGAUAAUUAUAAAUAUUAAUAUAUCAUAAUUUGAUAUUUUUCACUACCAAAUUUUUUUCUACGUUUAUAGAUUUCAGCAAUGAAAGCAAGAGCCUUUCUUUCACAGUACAUUCCGAUAGAGUGAAAGAAUUCGAUCAAAUUAAUUUUAUUAAAAUUAUAAAGAUAAAGAAAAAAACAUAUUAAUUAUCCGUAUAAUUUUUUUAUUUUUGUUUAAAUAUAUCGAAAUUUAAUAGAGUGCAUCAAUUUUUUUUUUUUUUUUUUUCUUUUUUGACUUUCUAAGAUAAAUAAUACCGCUAUAAUGAUAUAUGGCUGUCUGUGUGCCUCAUAUUAUAGAGUGAAUGAAUAUCUGCCUAUUAACACUUCUUUGUUCUCACAUUUAAUAACAUAAAUGUCUUGUAUACAAUAUUCAUGGGCAAAGCUAUAAUAAUCAGGCUUAAGAGAUUUAAAAAGGAACUAUCAUCUGCAUGUUAACGCGUUCUAUGUAUAAUCGUACCGAUUGUACAUUCUUAUUCACGUUAAAGAAAAAGGCCUAAGCAGUUGAUAGUUAACGUCGGUCUAUAAGCAUAAUGAUUAAUUAAAAUUUAUCAUUAAACAUUGAAAAAAAAAAUAAAGCUAAAACAACCAUGAUUUAGUCUCAAGAUAUAGUUAGAAAAUUGUACACAUAUAUAAAUUCGAUAAACAUUUGUCAAUUUCUAAACAUGCACCAAGUAUACAUAACAAGUAUACAUAGCUUUCAAUAUAAAUCAUAAACAAAAAAUAACAAGCGUUAAAAAUUGUUUUAUAAAAAUAGAUGCACUCCGUUAAUUGCAACUAUAAACAAUUCAAAAGAAAAAAAAGUGGAAAAAAAUCAAUCUUAGUUAAAAAUUUUUUAAUGAAGCAUACAUGUUGCACCAAUAAUUCGUUAUAAGUAUAAAUAUGAUGGUAAAUGUGAAUUUUUUUGCACAAAAUUCAUAAUACGUGAGUGUGUGUGUGUAAAUGUAUGUGAAGACAAAUAUUUUAUGUUUAAUAGUUGGUACAUAAAAAAAUAAUUUGUCUAAUCUAUAACUAAAAGAAGUUUAUUAACGUUGUAAAUAGUUUGAUUGUAUUCAUAAUUUGUUGUAUAUGUACGCGAGUGCCCAUUUAUUAUUCACAAUUGUAUAUACGCAGCGUAUUAUCUUUACAUUAAUUUUACGCACGACGUAAUUAAUCCCAUGCAGUUUUUAAGUUAAUCAAAAUCAUUGUGAUGCCAUGUUACAUUCUUUUAUAGUAGCGAAUAUCAUUAUCUUUAUAUUAUUUUCAUUUAAUUAAUGAAAUUAAAUAGACAAUCCAUUUUACUAGAUAUCCUUGAGUCAUACAAUUUGAAGUAAUGAAUACGCAUAAAUUCCUUAUCACAAAAAAAAAAUAAUAAAUUAAAAUAAAUUAAAACAUUACUAUUUAUAAUAUGUAGCAAUAUUUUCCAAAUAUAAAAUUAAUAUUAGAAAUCAUAAAAAUAAAAAAUAUAUAUAUACAUACAUGUAUAUUUUCGUUAAUAAAAAAUCAAAUUGAUUUUUAUUUUAAUUAUAUAUAUAAAAUAAAUUAUAAUUUUUAUUGUUAUAAGGAAUUUACGUAUUUUUGAUUCAUUGCAUAAUAUUAGGAUAUCUGGUAAUCAGGUUCAAUUUCGUUUUUUUUUCUGUAUUUUUCUUUAAUAGAAUCAUUGUCAUUUUUCUUUUAUAAUUUAAUUUUUUUUAUACAUCAUAUCCUUUCAAAUUCCAAUCCACAUGUACAUAUACUUCGAAAUCGCUUCUACUUUUUGAAAUUCUGUUAAUAGUUCCUUUUAUAAAAUGGCUCACUGAAAGUGUAUUUAUAAAUGUAAUGUAUUUAUAUUAAUUGCCGUUGCAUCUAUUUUAUAUUAUAUUUUUUCUCAAUUUACUGUUAACAGAAUUCUCUUGUAAAUUUCGCGUAAGCAUAUAAGGAUACAAUUUAAGAUAAAUGCUAACAAAAUCAUGAGUGAGAUAAAAACAGUGAAUAUGCAACGAAAAAUAUAGACUCGGUCAGUUUAUUAGAUAAAAAAAAUAAUAGGCUAUUUCGUGGUAGGCGAACAAACUGUGAGAAAAAUGAAUUGAUGAUUAAAUUGAUAAUAAGAUAUUUUUGAAAUUCUUUAUUUUAUACUACAAGAAUAUUAAUUAGAAAAUAAAUAAAUAAAUUAUAAUAUUUAUGAUCUAAGCAAUUCAAAUAUUAUAUUCAAUUUUGUACUCUGGAAUCAUUAUUAAUAAUUAUAUUAAUAAUAAUUAUUAAGCAAAUAUCUGCCAUGUGAUUACAUUAAAUUCAAUCUUUACGUUUUAUAUUUUAUCUAUGUUUUAUAUGUCGAAGAAUUAAAAUAACAGAUAUAUAAUUAAAAAUCGAUUUUUGUAACUUCUAGAAUUAAGUAAUUAAGAUUUCUAAUCCAUUUAAAAUUCUUGAAUUUUCUUUAAAACAAAUCAUAACUAUAAUUCUAUAUAUUCUAUACUAUAAAUAGAUACUUAUAAUACAAUCAUAAAUUAUCUUAUAAAUUUACAAUAAAUCAAAAAUUUAUGUAUCGAAUAUCUUAAAAAAAUAUAUUUAGUUCUUAAAUGAUUGUUACUAUCAAAUCUAUCUUAUUAUCAAUAACAUUAAUUACCUAGAUUUAAAUCUAGAAUAAUAUCUGCGACUAUAUUCUUUCGUCUUUAAUUAGCCAAGUAUAAACUAGCAUAAACAAAAUGUAAUACGGUGUUUUUUCUAUCUUUUGCUGAACGUAGGUAUUAGCUUUCAGAACAGUCUAUAAAUGGAAAUGGACUCUAAAGCAAUCGCUGUUAAACUUAUUCUUAAACAAGAAUGACUUUUGCGCCGAGAAAUAAUUGCGACGCCCUUUAUCACAUAUAUCGAUACUUCCAAGGCGAGGGAUAUUUGCUAUUUUAACGAUAGAUUGUAAAUAUAUUAUACAACAAAUUUGAUGACGAACGAUUCAUCGAUCUCUUAUUAUAUAUUUUCGAAAAUAAGAAAACAAAAAUGUUUUAGGAUUUGAAUUAAAAGAACAUUUCUGGAACAACCAUGUGAAAUUUAUCCGCACUUUUAAAAUCGAUCGUGUACUAAGUCGAUUGUAGUCAAAUAACUCUCGCCGAAUUUCAAUUACCAAUGUUUUAAAUGUGUUAUUCCAAUGAAAAAACAAUAAGUAAUAUCCCUAGCGAAUAAUCGAUAAGCGUCAAAUAAGUAAUAAUUACUAUUAAUGUGUUACUGAUCUCUUAUCGACAACAACAAAAAAAAUAUUAUAUGUGUAAUUAACAUUUAAAUAGGUACAAUGGUAAGUAUUAAAAAGUAUCGAUAACCGAUGGUCUGCUGUGAUUUUCGAUACUUUGGUUAAUAUAAGUUUAAAGAUGUUUACCAAAGUAUUAAUUAUCGCCAUGACAAAAAAAGAACAUAUCCACAAAAUGCAUUGUAUUGCUGUUUAAAAAUAACAAAAAAAUAAUCUGAAUGCUAAAAGAAAUACCAAAAGGAGAAUCUCGAAAAACAAAUUGAUUCAAAGUAAUAUCGAUUUUUAUUCCAUUAUUUUUAACGAUGAUGUAAUUUGUUUGUUUGUUCAGCAGCAUGAGAUAUCAAAAUUUAAGUGAUUUUUUAUCAGGGGAGAAAGAAAAUUUUAUGUAGUCAACAACAAUGUAUAUCGAAAUAAAUAUAUUACUGAUACUAUGCUAACGUAUGCUUAAAUAUUUAUAAAAUUUAAUUGUAUAAUAUAAUAAUAUAUUUAACAAAAUAUAUAAUUUUAGAUUAAUAAUUAUUCAAAUAACUAAAAAAAAUAAUUCACAAUUAACAAAAUUUUUUAAUACAGAUUGACUUAUUUUGUAAAUAAUUUUUAAUAAUGACUAUAAUAUAACUUUCUAGCAAUUAAUGAUUAAAAUAUCAUUAAAAUUACAUGUUAUUUAACAAAGAAGGAAAAAAAUAAAUAGAUAAUUUUCACUAUUUUAUUCUACAGACAAAUAAACUUUAAUGUAAAUAUAUUGAAUCAAAAAUUAUACAUAAUAAACAAAGCAUUAAAUAAUUUUCAAAUUAAUUUUUCUCGAUCAAAAUAAUCAACAAUCAAAAAUUUUAAAUGAACUCAAAAAUACGAAAACCAUAACUUCAGAUUAUUUAUAUAUUUUAAAUAUAAAUAUUAAAUUAGAUUUAUCAUAAUUUAUUAAGUAUAUAUUUUAUUGCUGCUUUACACAAACAACAAAUUGCAUAAUAAUCGUCAUUUUGAGCUUGAAAAUCUUCUGCGAAGAUUGCACAUCAAGAUAUUAUGUAAUUUUUAAAAAUAAAUGCAUUAAUGCAUUAAUUACAAAAAAAUUGCGUUAAAUAGUCCGAUUGAAAAAUAUCGGCAUUAUACGAUAAUCUAUUAUUAAUAAGUCGAAUAAUUUUAGUAAUUGCUACAAUUGUAUAUGAAAAUGAAUUGCUCUUCAUUUUUGUGAAUAAUUUAAUAAAUUCAAUUCGUAGCAUUGGCUCUAUUAGGGAUUGAUCCCUUGAAUAAAAUUUUUGACCAAAAUUCAAUUCAAAAAAUGAUCAUAAUGAUAAUUCUUUAAAAAUUUUUUUAAUUUAUAUGUUAUUUUUAAAAUUAUAUUAAAAAUUCUUUAUGAUUUAUAUUAUAAUUAUCACAUUUUUAAAUGUUUUUAUAUAAUUGCAUUCUUCAUACUCUCUUUUUUUUUAUCCUAAAAUUAUUAUUAUAGAACUGCCACGGAAAUAUGUAAAUUAUUUGAAUUACAUUAUAUAAAAAACAAAAAAUAUAUCAUAAUUAUAUCAUAAUUAUACAAAUAUCAUAAUUAUUUAAGGAAUCAAUCCAUUUCUACAUUGUUCAUAAAUUACAAUAAAAUUACAAUAUAUUGUAUUUCAUACAAUGCAAAGAUAAUAUUAAGCAAAAAAAAAAAAAAUGACAUUUAUAUUAUAUAUGUGUCUCAUUUAUAGGACUCUAUACACGUGUGUAGAACCCUGAUACUAAAAAACAAAAAUAUAACCUACAAUUCAUACGAAACACAAUUCACUGAGCAUAUCAUUUGUAAGCGAGCGAUUACUAUGCUAUUAUAUUCGAAAUCCCUUUUCAAUUAUAUUCACCUGUGAAAAAAUAAAAAAAAUUCCGACAGCUGUAUUUAAGAAAUAAAUAUAAUACUAAAUGCUCACACAUUUUAAUUAUGCGAUUUAUUAUAGUAGUUGAUCAUAUUUUUCUAUAUACAUUUUUUUUUAUUAUGCUGCAAUACGCGCCGUUUUAACAUAUUUAUGUAAUGAGAUCCAUGUGCAAUUAAUGUAUCCACAAUUAUUUACAGAUUAACUAAGAGAAUAUGUACUUUUCUUUCGUUUUCUCUAUUUUUAACUAUUAUGUUGAAUGAUUUUAAUAUGCGUACGAAAUUUUCGAUCAAAUGUUAUUGCUUCUUUUAAGUGUAUAAAGAAAUGAAAUAAAAAUGUGUUAGAGCCAAA